GUCUGUUCCAUAAAUGAUUCUUUCAGAAGAUUCUUUGAAAAUAUCCGAAUCAAAAGAACGAACUCACCUCGCUGUUUUGGGCCUGUAGUUUAUCAGAACUGAUAGUUUUGACAUUUUCCUUAAAUCUAGUCACUGCCCUCUGGACUGUUACUCACAGGGACGUUUGGCCUUCAUCACCUGCUGAAAGGCUGAAGUCUGCAGCAUGUCUCUGACAAUGUCUCAAGGUGAGGGUUUGACGGUCAUCACCAUCGCCUCGGACCCGAAGAGCAAAUGCCCCGUGCUGUGUCAAGUUUUGAGUUUUCUCUGCUGCAGUCCGGUGUGUUCUGUGUCUCAGAGUAUGAAAAAGCAGCUGACGAACAUCCACACUGCUCUUGGGACUAUGCAGAUAAUAGUUGGAGUCAUCAAUAUUGUCUUUGGGAUUUUGCAUAAAAACACUGGGAUGUGGACUUACAUUACAGACUCUGUUUUCUGGAUUGGUGGAGUGGUCCUUGUAAUUGGAAUUGUGACUGUUCUUGCAGCUAAGUUUCCCAGUCCUGUCCUGCUGGUCAUCACAGUGAUUCUGAACAUAGUCAGUGCUGCACUGGCUAUCACAGCUGUUGUGCUGUAUUCACUGGACCUGGCAACUGGAAAUCAGCAGCAUUGUGGAAGCAGUUUUUACUCGUCUUAUGACGAUGCUGCAACACCUUCCCCGGAACAGAUGAGGAGAACCGAGAUCUGUAUGCAGUACAAGUAUCUCAAUAAGAUGAUCCUCGGAGGACUAGAUAUCAUGAUGAUAGUGCUGUCGGUCCUUCAGCUCUGUGUGACCAUCAGUUUCUGUGUUUUGACUGGGAAAGCUUUGCGCAAGAAGGAUGAAGAUGUAAAGUCGGUGGAGGAUCCAGAACUUCACAAGCCGCUCCUGGAAGAUGCCACUGCUGGUGCUGCAUGUUAAAGAAGCAAAAUAUAAAGCAACAAAUAUAUACAGUACAUACAAGACCACUCAAUAUAGUAGUGAGAUGAUUUCCAAUAUGUUUAUUCUUAUCAGGCGUUUUCCUUAAACAUUUGGUUACUGCUAGUAAAUGAACUGCUGCUUUUUGAAAUAAAUGUCUUGAGCACUUUGGCACCAUCCCUUUUUAUAUAUAUAUAUAUAUAUAUAUAUUUUGAUAGCACCUCCUGAUUAUAGUUUAAAAUGCGUACAAGUUUACAUUAAUUAUCUCGGUUCAAAUCUGACCUAAGGUGGAACAGGUUUUCACCCCAAUCUGACAUUUAAAGCAAUAGUUCACCCAGAAAUGAAAAUUUGCUGAACAUUUACUCACCCUCAGGCUAUCCAAGAUGUAGAUGAAUUGGUUCCUUCAUGGGAACAGAUUUUUUAGCAUUUUAAUAAUGUAGCAUUACAUCAAUGGAUCCUCUGAGGUGAAUGGGUGCCGUCAGAAUGAGAGUCCAAACAGCUGAUAAAAACAUCACAAUAAUCCACAAGUAAUCCACAGAACUCCAGUCCAUCAUUUAACGUAUUGUGGAGUGAAAAGCUGCACAUUUGUGGGAAACAAAUCCGUUUUAACUUUAAACCAUUGCUUCUGACCAAAAUGCAAGUACAUUUUCACCUAAUCUGCUCCCAUGAAGAAACAAACUCAUCUACAUCUUCAACAGCCAUUGGGUGACUAAAUUUAAAGCAAAUUUUCAUUUUUGGGUGAGCUAUUCCUUAGAGAAAAGUGCAUCCUAAGAACACACUUCUACAAUUCAAAACUUAGCUUUAUAGUACUGAGCUUGAAUGUAGUGAAAAUAUUUCAAUGAUUUCUCAUUUUCAAGGAUAUUGAAAGUCUUUUACAUAAAGAUAUAAAACAUUUCAGAACAACACUGACUUCACUAGUAUUAUCUUUUUGUGGCUAUUUGCAGGACUUUACCACCAGGUGGUGUUAAGAUGCUUGAGUUUUAUGCAAACUCGAAGAUACAUAACUCUGCCAAGGCUACCAUACAGAAUUUUGAGUAAUCAAAAGUAGGAAGAAAUUCCACAAUUACAACUCAAAACUCUAAAUAUUGAAAUUGAAAAGCUACUUCGCAACAUAUAAGAUCUGAUUAUCUACAUAUGUGGUAAUUCUUUCUCUUUCUGUCUAGUUUUCUGUGGAGUUGCCACGUGUAUAUGUAAGCAUUCUUUGAUGGCUGGGCUUACAUUUAACAAUGUUUUCUGUCACUUCUAACACUGACAAGAUUAUUAUUUAAAAAAAUAAUAAUAAUUUUGAUUGUAUAAUCACAACACCAUAAAAUAAACUGGCAUUUCUUUUGCUAUAA